AUGCUGCUUCGGCUCCCGGCCCUGCUGCGAGGCACACAGAGACCACCGCCUCCCCAGCGUGCCGUGAGCGGAUCAUACACUCUCCAGCAUAGUCUUAAGAGGCCCCAAUUACCCUCGCGCCUCAGCAAUCUGCGCUCCGUGUCGCAGCCCGUCAACGUCGUGGAUCUUACGGCAGAUGGGGCCAAAUCCACCGACGUCAGAAACUCGGCUGCCUUUCUGAACAAUCAAGGCAGCGUCUACACCUCGCCCGAUGUCAUUAACUUGGACGACGAUGAGAAUGAGAGGCCUGCGAAAAGAGUAAAGACGAAUGGGCAUGCAUUGGGGAAGGAACAGGCAAGGGACUCCUCUUCCGAGGUUGAGAAGGAUGCCGCACAUCAGACAACACCAGGCUCGCCUCUACCUCAACUGCGCAAGCCUACCGCCGCCGCGAACAAGCAGAAUGUGCAACGAACGCGCAGGACAGUGGUGGACAGAACUGCUCGUCGGGCGAACGGACUUGAGCCACCACCCAUGGCGACAAGGCUACCUCCGCCCAAGAAUGUCGCCGACUUCUCACCCUGGAAUGGACACCACCCGGAAGAUAUAAUGAGUGAGACUGUCGUCAAGGCAGGAUACUUUGACAAACCACCAGGUCCGAACUCGACCGAAUGCAACUCUGCAAAGCCAACCAUCUGGCCGAACCUGAGCCAAAAGAACAACAUGGGUUUGCAGACACUGUCAUAUCUGUUUACGUCGGUCAUGGAAAAGAGGCAAGCUAUGGGCAAAUGCACCGCGCCAUCAACGUUCAAACCCCCACCACGAGUCACAGUCACCGAUACGAAACGCGAGGCAUGGCUGCGAGACCUUGCCAACUCGGGUGUGCCGCUACGCAAACAAAGCAGGACGAUUCCUCAUGGUGUCAGAGGCAAGUUGCUUAUGGAACAGUGUCUGAGCAAGGACAUUUCCAUGCCUCGUGCGGUCUGGCUGGCCAAGUGCGUUGGAGCGAACGAGUUGCGUGCGUUUCGGCGGAAAGGUGUUAGUGGAGCUGCCGCAGCCAGUGGUGAGAGCAAGUGGGUGCGUGAAUGGACGGUGCAUGUUGAGCAGUUCCUCGAAGGUGUCAUUGCAAUGUGUGGUCAGACGGAUUGGCAAUCAAAGAUGGACUAUGCUGUCAAACUUGCGACCAGCUUCUACGCAGAAAAACUACUCGAAAGGGACCACUACCUGGAUUGGAUCGUUACAUCAUUUGCGCAGGCACCUAUGGAUCGACUCCCCAUCUGGAUUAUCUUGGUGCAGCUAUACUGGAGGGACAUCAUUGGCUUUGGAAAGCGAGGAAGGCAGCUCUCGACCGCUAUCUUGGAGAAUCUCCACCGAAUUGGUACGGGCCAGGUCAGAACGUGCGAAACACUCAGAGAUCGCUUGAAGAAGCUGCUUGUGGUCAUGGCUGUCACCAACCGUGGAUGUCUCGUUCUCCCACAUACCUGGGAGAAGUACAAGCAUCUUCUGGCCCCCAGACCUUUGGCCGAUACUGAUGCGAAAUUGGAUACACCUGCACAAAACAUCACCAAACGAAACGAGAGACUCGGCGGGCCGCUCAACAAGACCCCCAAAAAUACCUUCUGCGCACUUCUUGGCCUUUACGCCGUCUUGGAUACUGUGGACUUCAGCGUUGAAGUCGAGAAGCUGACUGAUGUUUGCCUGGCGAGAGUUGAAGACGUCGAGAAGCUGGUCCCUGCCUUGUUGAAAUGGUCAGCUUCAGUCUAUCGACAAGGCUCGAGUCGCGUCUACUUGUCGGCGAGGAUUAUCACGGAACUUCACGACCGAGGUCACAACACGGACGGCGCGGUCAUGGAAUACAUCAAGACCGAAAGUACACAAUCCAUCGACAUCAAUAAUGUGCACCGGGUCGUUGCAGAUCUUGCUCGAGCAGGGUGCUUUUCCACUGGCCGCUACUUGAAGUGCCUCAUUGGAAGUGGUGCUCUCACCAGAAGCGACAGUUCGAAGCUCUUGACUGGCCUCCUCACGUCGCUACCUCUUGAAGCGCUUCCCCCCCAUCUUGCCAACACCCGACAGACACUCAUGAGACGGCUUGGAUACACGCAAGAUGAAAACACCGCAAUCAGUCGGUUGGUCGCAAACGUCGAUCCCAUCACAGGCAUGAUCUCCUCCUCAACUGACAAGCUCUUCGCUGGACUUGAGACUUUCAGUCAAUCUGCCAAGCUUGAGUUUGCUCGACGAAUAUCCUCGUACGCAACGAGCUGGGCAAAGGAAGGCGCCAUUAGCCUGAACUGUUUCUGCACUGUCCGAGAUCUUCUUCAACGAUGCGGCGACUUGCGAGCACUGGCGGAUGUGACCCGAGCGGCCAUGUCCACGGAAGAUCUUACCUUGCUCGCUACUCUCGGCGACACUCUCAACAUGCAUGCAAACACGUUCGCGGCUAUCGGAUGCUUGCAUAAUCUGCUGGAACAAGUCCUCCAAAGGUAUCGCAUGCUGCGUUCGACCCAACCCCUCGAUCGCUGCUCGGUGCUUGCCCUGUCCUCGCUGGUGAGACGCUUCUCGGAUAGAGCGCUGUAUGGACGACUUCUAGAGAGUGAUCUGGCGAUGUGCGAUCAGCAGAACUCUAUGGCUGUCUGCUCCCCGGCCUCGGACAACCUGGUGAACAUGCACGCAUCGAACUUGGACUCUGACGAAGACAUUGAUGCGGUCUUUGCUAGUGGCAAUACCAUGGACGAACAGCUCAUGAAGCGAGUAUUCGUGCGCAUUGUGCAACGAGCGAGCAAACCCGGUCGACCAGACACUCGUUCGCCCAGCAAGGUGUGCCGCUGGCUGAAUCAGUUAAGGGCUGUCGAUGUUGGUGGCUUCCAACAUUUGGCAAUCACCCACGUCAAAGCCUGCUUGAAGGAUAGCAGUCCCGACAAUGCCUAUGGCAAGGUCAUCAGCGCGCUCAUCGCCAGUGGAUGCAUACAGUUCGAGGCCGUCACCGAGAUGGCGAAGGACAUCAACCUCCCAAAUGCGGCAUCCGUGAUCGUGCGCUUGGUGGUGUCCGAGAACAUUGCGAACGACAAUUUGCAUGCUUGCGAAGCCUUUCGAUACAAGACACAGCAAGCCCAAUGUCGCAUCGAAUGCUCAGGUAGCAUAAUUCCAUCUGUGGUCGGCUCUCUCGAAAACCCAAACUCCGAGUCAGACGAUGAGGAGUUCAAUGUGUUGGCUUUGCUCUAUUCCAUGAGCCACUAUCAAGAGGCUCUGCAAGUUGCAACCAGUGCAACACACUUCCCAACCUACUUGGCGAAUUGCGCUCGAGUGGUUAAGAGGAUGCUCAACUUGACGCAAAACAAAUCAAGCGGGCCCCCAUCAGCACGAGACAUCAUCUCACUCGCGGAUCCUCUGUCGGUGGUGUACUGCGCAGCAGCUCUGGCAUUCUAUUCCAAGGUACCAGCUUUCAUAGAGGCUGAAGGCGAUAGUGGAAUUCGCGAGGCUCUGCUAGAAGCUCUUGCUAAUGGAUGCGAGGUCUGGCCGCAACUUCUUGGAAGUGCAGGACAAGCUACGGUUCAAAGCAUAUAUCAAUGGGCUCGAGAGCGGGUGAUUAGCAGUGUCCUUGCCAGUGGUGGACCACCAAAUACCGAAGACAACGAUGCGGCUCAAUGCCUGGAUAUCCUCGACGUUGCACAUCAUGCCGCUGAGGACGAGGAUACAGCUGCUGUCAUGGGAACGGUAACUGACAAACUCAGGGUGCUCGAAAACCAGCUCCUCGCAUUGGAGAACGCCAGCGACAACGACUCAUUCAAGCAGCUACUCAGCUCACUGCAGAUACUGCUCCAUCUCGCCGUGCUCUACUCUGCGAGCUCAGGUCCUGUCACCGAUUCUCUGCAGCAGAGUCGGUGCAACUUGCUGGCUGGACUGUGCGCAUUGCUUGUCCAGCCCAAGCUCCAGAGUCAACGCGAGACGCUCGAAUACAUUUUCGACGUAGCCUCUGCACUGGCUGACAAAGUACCAGAGGCCGGACUGCAAAUGCUGGCAAAGGCGAACGCAACAAUGGCCAAAGACCCUCGCCUGGCGUGCAUCCUCGGCCAUAGCCCGGCACCAGACGGCUGGCUAGCACUCGUCUCUCACCCUCAACCGCAAGGCUCACAACAGCAGCGAGCGUUGAUGAAGCAGGCUGGUGGCAGCCAGCAACAGGCAAGUCAAGGGCGGCCAUCCGUUCCGGCGUCACCACUGCAAGGAUCGAAUCUGUUUGGCAAAGCUCCAAUCGGACGACCAACGGGCGAGACGAAGACUGUUCCUUUCCCACUCCGACGAUGGGAGAUUAUGAGCGAUGCGACACCGGCUGUGGGCGACAAUGACACGAGUUUGAGCUUGACGUUGUUCGGGGCGAGGAAGGUGUGA